ACACGCCUACGGAGACUCAGUCAAACAUUCAGAACCACACUGAAUCAUUCACCAAAGAUAAAAGACACACUGUUGGCCCGAGGAAGAGAAAGAAAGAGGGAGGGAGAGGGAGAGGAGAACAGCAGCGGUUCCCUCCUUCCUCUUCAUUCACUUCCUCUGCACUGAGGAGACCUCACUGCUCAGCCUGCACUCGCCUAUUCUUUUGAUGCUGGACACAAGCUUUUCACCUCUGUCACACAAGGACCAAAACUGAUCACAUGCAGUCUCAGCAUCAUGUGGAGGUGGUCGGAGAUCCAAAUGGCUCCCGGGUUAUCUUCUCCGGGGAGCCUGGAGUUUCCUCAGGGCAGCAGAUCCUGACCUCUCCAGAGAUGACUCAUGAGGUUGUGGUCAUCUCCCCUGGAUUCCCCACGCCUCCUCUGAGCCCUUUUCGCACUGUUGGGUUGUCAUCUGGGGAGUAUAAGGUGUCAGAAGUGAAUGGAAAUGGACCAACAAAUCUCAGCUUUGGAUCUUACUAUGGUCCAAACCAAGUGCAAGAUGGACUGUCCAAUGGCGUCCAAGGCUCCACAACUUUACCACACAGCUGGAAUCCCACCAGAGAUGAGAGGCUUAUCAAGUUCUCAGGAAUUGGUCCAGUGGAUGAAACUGGGAUGCCCAUUGCCUCCAGAUCAAGUGUGAACAAGCCCAGAGACUGGUACAAGAGCAUGUUCAGACAGAUUCACAAGAAGCCAGACGAACCUGAGAUGGACGAUUCAGAGCGAUGGUCAUCCGAACGAAUCCAGUUAUCUGCCAACAACACAGAAGAAAGUAAUGAAGCAGACGAGAAUCUCUUCAGGCUAACACCUUAUGGAGCCCUACCAGACUGGAGCGAGGAUGUAGAUAAGCUGUCAGACCCGGGAAAGCAGCACCUUAAACCCAGGAGCAUAUUUGACUUCGAGCCUGGAAAGAGCAGCACCUCAGAAAGCCAAAGCCAGGUUCAUACAUCCCAGAAGAAGCAACCUCAGACACCAAAUCCCCCUUCAAUUGAGGCCAGCCUGGUUUCUGAGCUGAGCCGCUUUGAGGCUGAGCUGGACUCGGAGAUCCAGGGCCUGGAGAGGAGACUUUCCCAGAAGAAGCAGCAUCGAGGCCGGGGUGAGGAAGCCAGAGGCAAAGAGCCGGUGACUGAUCCAAAGAUUGGGACUACAAACUACAGCCAUUCAUCAGCAGUAAAGCAGCCUGUCCAUCGCUCUGUUGGCUCAUCAUUGACCUCCUCCCCCACACAUGUAGAUCGUCUUUCCCCUGCAAAUGAAACCAUGGCGCUCCCACCUAAGAAAGAGGAGAAAAAGAUGAAAGCAGCGCGAGCCAAGUUCAGUUUCCAAGCUCAGUCACCCAAGGAGCUCACGCUGCAGAAAGGCGACAUUGUUUACAUCCACAGGCAGGUAGAUGCCAACUGGUUCGAAGGAGAACAUCAUGGAAGAGCGGGAAUAUUCCCCACAUCUUAUGUGGAGAUUCUGCCUCCUACGGAGAAGCCAACACCAAUAAAGUCUCCCACUCUGCAGGUGUUGGACUACGGGGAAGCUGUGGCGCUGUUUAACUUCAACGCUGAUUUACCUGUUGAACUUUCUUUCCGGAAAGGUGAGAUGAUCGAUGUAACCAGGCGCGUUGACGAUAAGUGGUUGGAAGGGAGGAUCUCAGGGACCAACCGGAGCGGCAUCUUCCCGUCCAACUAUGUGCAGGUCAACAAGAUGCCCCGCACCAGAUUGUCCUCUGAUGACUACCCAGCAGGCCCCAUGUCUCCUGUCUCCCCCGGACCCCAGAGUCCAGGCCGUCCAAUGCACUCCCCCUGCCCGCGAUCACCCCUAUCCCCUUUCACUCCCAUGUCCCUCAGCCCCAAACCUGGGAACUCCCCGCUGAAGCCGUCUUCACCUGUACCUUACGGCAGAACAGCUUCACAGUCACGCUCCCCCACUCAGACACCCGUAUCCAAAGAAACAGCCAAUCGUUGGCCCUCAAAAGCGGCUUCACCCACCAACCUGAACAACCACUGGGCUGGGACACACUCCGCUGUUUCACCUCAGUCAUCAGCGUCUGCACACAGAGCAGGAGUAACCACAGCCAGCACACCCAGAUACACUGACCCCCCACAGCGUGCCAUUCCCAACCAGACGGCUCGGUCACACGUUCACUCCGUGCCACAAACUGUGCCAAACAAUUCUGAUUCAACAGCGGUGCCGCGCCACCCAUAUAAAGCUGUUUACAACUACAAACCACAGAAUUCAGACGAGCUGGAGCUCAAAGAAGGAGACGUUGUGCAAGUGAUGGAGAAAUGUGAUGAUGGCUGGUUUGUAGGUACGUCAGAACGGACUGGUGCUUUUGGGACUUUUCCUGGGAAUUACGUGGCAUCUCUUUGACCUCCGCACUUCCUGCUUGCCCACAUCCACCUGGGCUCAUACGAGCCCGAACAAACACCCGCUAAAACUCAGAUCUUUCUCUGACACCCUAGCAUUUCUUCAUCCCAUUACACACUCCUAAUCCCAGUUAAAUCCGACCUGCAUGUUCCCUCUGUUUCCCAGAACAGAGGUGAAGGCAGGGACAAUGAGUGGUUUCUCACCUCACCUCCCUGCAUGAGUGCAUGUGUGUGUAUUGCACAGACUUUGGGAGUGUUUCACACACACCACUUGAGAGGAAAGACUGAAUGCUGAUGAUACUGUUUCAGAUGUAAAGAAUGGACUUUUUUGUUCCGCAACUAUUUGCAGCUGCAGGAAAUUUGCAUUCCUUCUCAGUGAACAGCACUGUUCCUAUUGAGAUCAUCAUACAGUGUGAUGCUGCAUUCAGUUUUCUCUUUUUCACCACAGUGCCAUCACAAACCUCUGCUGAGCAUUUAUGAAUUAAAAAGAAAAAACAUUUCAGCAACUUAAAUGGAUUAUUGUUUAAUUCAAUGACUUCCUCAGAUUGUUUUUCAGAUCUUUGAAAAUACCCUGGGCAUGUUUGAGGAAACGACAAGAAGAUCUGUAGAAGUCUGCGUAACGUAAAGCACAGAAAGGCUCGGACAUUUCAAGAGAAGUUUACAACGUAAUACAAGACUUUGCAAAAGAGUGAUUAUAAUUAAUGCGUGCAUUGGCUUCUUAAACAAGUUAUUAAUUAGAGAAAAUAUGGCUCUUUUGGUUGACCUUCCCAAGCCAUGGAGAGUUAUGCCAAAUGUGAAAGUCAUUAGAGAGGGAGGGAGAUCAUGUUCUGUGCUGGAAAGGAAGCUUUGCUCUGAAAUGAAAUGUAAAACGUUUAUAAAUUGUAAAAGAUCAGCUUUGUUGCAUAGCCUUUAGCUAAGUCUGGAUAACGCUUACAUAGCAAUGGUUAAAAGUAUUGGAAGCUCUAUGUGCCAAAUGUAACCUUUCAUGACAUUUCUCUUUAAAAAUCUCCAUUUAGAAUUUCCCAGCUCACUUUAUUUCAGCUACUACUGCUUUUAUAAUGUGUAUCUGCUUACAGGGUUAACGUUCUCACUUUGACAGUAUUUCCAAAAUCACUCAUGUUUUAACAUUGCAUCUUUUGAAAAAGCGUGGCCUUAAAGCAAAUUAAACAUCAUUAUUACGAGGUCAUUUCCCUAUGAUAUAUACAUGAUUUCAGUGUAUAAAUUGAAUCAUACUAUGUGUAGACACAGGCGAUGAUUGUACAGACUGUAACCUUUUAUCAAAUUGAAAGUAUAAUAUAUAUUUGCUUAUAAAACAAUGUAUCUAGUUUGUAUGGUACGCAAUUUAAAAAAAAAGCAAUUAAACAUUACAGAGUGAUACUGAGA